AUUGUUUUUGAUUUCUAGUUAUUUUGUUAUAAAAUUCUAAAUUUACAAUCAACUAGUGAUAUGAAGUCGGAUUCUGAAAAAGAAGCUGGAGCAUUAGUAUUGAAAAGUUAUGGAGAAUUUUUCAAGAAACAAAUUCAGGAUUACACCAUCCUACUUGAUCCUGAAAGACUUCGAGGAAACAAAACAUUUGCUCCUGUUCAAGUAAAUUUAACACACAAAGAACAAAUUUUAAUUAACGAAUUAGUAACUUCUGACAACCUUCUUAUCACUAAAGUACUAUCAGUGCUUGCCUCACUGUGCUCCGAAAUAAAGGAACUCAAAGUGGAGGCCUUUGAAAGGCAUUUCAAGUUUUUAGCAGUUUAUGAUGAAUAUACAGAUAGUGAGAUAACAAAUCAAAUAGAAUCAAUAUGUUUUCUGAGUGCAUUUGUAGGUAGAUGUAAUGAUACUCUCAAUAACUUGUGCAGUCAGCUGUUUUCAAUAUUUACCCAGGCCAUUGUCAAUAUUAAUGGUAUACAAUGGCAUUAUAUUCUGAAUAAUAUCGGCGAGAUCUUCACUAUUUUGGUUUUAUGUGAAUUACUUAUAUCUAAAUGUUCUUUAGUUACUAAAUGGAAUAAAUUUUAUAAACAUGUUCAUAAUAAUUGCAAGCCAUAUGAAUUGGACUCAAGUGAGGAGAAACACAAGGCAAUGUUGGUGGCGAUGGAAAAUAUUACAAAGAAAAUUAUGAAUGAUGACAUAGUUCAAAACUCUCUAAGCAGUUUGCUGGUUACCAGACAGAAAUACUUAGGAAACAGUUCUACCAAUGUUCACUCAGAAUUCACAAAUUAUAUUAAGAAUGUCAUUGUAAAUUUGGACAAGCUGAUACAGGAGAAAUGUAAUAGUGAAAACAUGUACAAGUGUAUCAAGAUUAACUCUUUAUUUGUUCUCAAUUCAUAUUUAUUUAGCUCAAGUGACAAGAAAAACUUUAAAAAUUUAAUUGAAUUAAAUACAAAGGCCCAUAGUGUAUUUGUUAUUGGAACAGUGUUUUGGUUCCCUGAACAAUUUCUGCAGAGGUAUGUGCCUUUUCUCUGUGCCCAACACAACAAAUUAUCCCAAACUAUGCUGAAGGCUCGCCAAGCAUACUUGACAGCUAAAAAGAAUUCCAUAUCUAGAGAUAUAGUAAACCUGCAGAAUAUUAGCAUGCAAUGGAUUAUGACUGUAGAAGAUGUGUUUUCGUCAAGUAACAAACUCAAUGCAGCAGAGAUGACUCUCCACACUAAAGUUAUCCUCGAUGGUCUAGACAUAGUGUCCUGCACAAACUACUCAAUUCUCACCUUUGUCAAUCUACACCUUCUACUUGGUCUGCCUCUAUCUAAGAACUUGUUGUUUUCGCUAUUCGACAUAAUGGAAGUCUUAAAAAGUUUGAAGAAUGCAGUCAGUAGGAAUUACAACCAAAUCAUAAACUCAAUGGACAUGAUAGGCCAACAUUUGACGUACCAAGCCGUUUCAUCCAUACUGCAUGUUAAAAAGACCCUCAUGAAUGAUAAAAAGUAUGCCAGCAAGAGGUUGGAUGAGCUGACGUGUCUCGUCGUAGCCGAGCAAGCCAUCAAGGGUGCCUCGACGGUCGAGCGUAACAUUGCCGCGCAUAUUGCACUGAGCUUCGUCCCAGAAAGCACCUACAUUGAGGAUAGCUACGUCAGAUUGGGUUCGAUACUCGACAAAACCCAAGCAGUCAUUAGCUUCAUUAAAAGCAUGAACAACUUCUCAAAUUGCUCCUGGGUGCUGUGGCAUCAGAACAUUCUGCCAAUAUACUUCCAAACCAACUUCAGUAUGCAAUUGCAAGCUGUGAAAUUAGCCUUUUUCCUGAUGGUCUUGGACGAUGGGAUCAAUUUCCUUCACGAAACGGAGUACAUGUUCGGGGUUCAAAAGUCGAACGAAUUUAAAAACACUGUCAUCCGUAUAAUUAACGAUCACGUGAUACAGAAGUUCAACGACAGUAUAGAAUCCAAUCUCAGGCUGCAUAUCCACUCCCACCUACAAUUGGACGUGGUCGACCCUCUAGCGGACAACAUGGUCAAAAAAAUAUUUCUCCUGAUGGACAAUCUUCGUCUGUACAAUGUUUACAUGUCCGUGGUGCCCUCCAUUGAACAUUACCUCUCGAAGACCUAUUACAACCUAACGACCAUAGUUCUUUCCGACUGGAAAACUUACGGAGAAAUGCGACAAAUGGCGAAGCUCAAGUUCAACGUAUCCACGAUCCAGGACAAUCUCCCCACGCAGACGCUGGAGCAGGGGUUAGAUGUCCUGGAGAUUAUGCGCAACAUCCACAUCUUCGUUGCCAAGUAUCAGUACAACCUCAAUAAUCAGAUUUUCAUCGAGAAGAGUAGCAACAACAAACACUUGAACUCCAUCAACAUCAGACACAUCGCCAACUCUAUACGCACCCACGGCACCGGAAUAAUGAACACCACCGUCAACUUCACUUACCAGUUUCUUAAGAAUAAGUUCAUCGUUUUCUCCCAAUUCCUUUACGACGAGCAAAUCAAGUCGCGGCUUGUGAAGGAUUUGAGACAUUUCAAAGAAAUAAAGCUGCAGACUAACAUGUACCCUUACAAGAGCGCCGACAAAUUCAACAAGGCGAUAAAAGUUUUGGGCGUGAGCGACGACGGCCAGAGCUACUUGGAUCUGUUCAGGGAUUUGAUCAGUCAGAUCGGGAACGCAAUGGGCUACGUGCGAAUGAUCCGCUCCGGAGGCAGGCAUUGCUGCUCCAACGCCACGGUAUUUCUGCCCAAUCUAGAUCCCAAGAGGUUCAAAGAUAUGUGCGAGGAGAAUAAACUCUCACCACAGACUAUACGAGCCGCUGAAAACUUUGACGAGAAUGUUAACGGGAUUAUAAGUAAUUUCAUUCAGGGAACCGAAUAUUUCAAGCUGUUGGUCGACGUCUUCGCGCCUGUCUUUAGGAACCCUAAAAACGUUCAUCUCAAAAAUUUCUUCAUAAUCAUUCCACCCUUGACUGUUAACUUCGUGGAGCACAUGAUACUGUCAAAGGAUAAACUGUCGAAGAAGAACAAGACUGGUGCAACGUUUACCGAUGACGGUUUCGCAAUGGGAGUCGCCUAUAUUCUAAAACUGUUAGAUCAGGAUUCCAGUUUCGAGUCUUUAUAUUGGUUCGAUUCGAUAUGGAAUCACAUAAGGAAAGAAAAGGAACUAAUAAACGAACAAAAGACCAAAGGAACCUUACAGCUGCAGCAGACAUUGGCUCUAACAGAAAAGAAAAUCAAAACUUUGGAAGAAGAAUAUAAACUGUUGUAUUACAGUCUAACCAGUGCCAGAAUAUUCUUUAGAUAGGCAAAGAACAGUGAUAGUACCUCUUAUUAUGUUAAAAUGUAUUUAAUCAGUUAGUUAC